AUGUAUUCCUCUCUCCCUCCAAAACUAUACCUAUCGAUCUAUUUGUGUCUCUUCAAUUCGAUAUCCACUACUGUUUUCCAUCUUUUUCUCUUCUUCUUCUUCAUCCCACACAAUCUAUUUUUCUCUCUCUCUCUCCCCAUUCCAUCGCAGCUCUCUAGAACGUCUGCCUCUAUGCAAUUUUUUUUUUUUCUUUUCGUUUUUAUCUCUACUAAUUCCUCUUUAAUGCUGCUUUUUUCUUUCUUUUCUUUUUUAAACUCUACUUACUCUCGUUUAUUUAUUUGCCUUUUCUUUUCUUUUUUGUUUUUAUCUCUACUUACUCUCUUUUAUCUCUUUGUUUUUUUCUUUUUUAUACCCCUUCUUACUCUCUUUUAUUUGUCUUUUCUUUCUUUUUUAUCUUUACUUACUCUCUUUUAUUUCCUCGUCUUUUCUUUCUUUUUAUCUUUUAUAAAUCUCUUUUAUUUCUUCGUCUUCUCUUUCUUUUUAUCUUUACUUACUCUCUUUCAUUUCUCAGUCUUUUCUUUCUUUUUAUCUUUUCUAACUCUCUUUUAUUUCUUCCUUCAUUCUUUUCUUUCUUUUCUUUUUACCUUGUCCAUCUCCCUCUUCUUCUACUUCUUCUUUCCUACACGUAAUAUUAUUUUUGCAUUUUCUUAUUCUUUCCUUCUCUCCCAAAAUUCUCUAAUAAUUUUCAUCUAUAUUACAGAUGUUCUUCCUUUACCCUUUUUUAUUUUCUCACUUUUUUCUUUUUCAUUCCUUCAUUUCUUUUUCUCUUUUUUUUUUCAUUCUUUAAUAUUUUCUUUUAUUAUCUAA